GUACGCAAGCAGAUAGACGCCAUGUUCAUUUGUCAACGGACGUCAAGGUGUGAUCAUCGGAGGGAACGAGACUGCUUCGAUGAAGUAUAAAGAUUAAUUCAGUGCUCGCUUAAAAUUAUUAUACAGUUCGCGUGUAUUCGAAGUCCAUUAACAAUAAUGGCAUCUACGGAAUCGCGGAAACGUAAACUAGAAGAAUACGAAAUGCAGCUGUUUGGCUUUCAUUCAAGAGCUGUAUACGCUACCAUGCAAACUGUUAUCUCAAAUAGGAUUUGUUGCACAGCUGCAAAAUUGUGUGAAACAAUUGAGAAAACCUACAAACUAGAUUCUGAGAAUACAAAGAUACUUAAGAAGAAUCAGAGGCAAUUAGAAAAGGCAUAUUGCAAAGGGGCAUUGUUACAUUUAAAAAGUAUUGAGAAUAUUAUAAAUAAAUAUAUUGCCGUACCAAGUAACAUUUUAAUGGAUGAGGAUAAAUAUCAGAGGACACAAUAUACUGAUGCAGAAUUUAAUAAUGUAAAACAAAGGUUGGAGAAUUUACAACAAAGAGCAAAAAGAGCUACCAUUUUAAAUGCGGUAUUAAAGGAAGAAUUAGAAAUUUUGGAGAAGUUUCCAAUUUCUGAAGAUAGUGUGAAUGAAAUGUAUGAAACUAUUGACAAUGGACUUAAAUGUGUAGAUAUAAAUAAUAAGUUAUAUCAAUUAGUUGCAGAUUACAAGCAAUUUUCCACAGAUUUGUUUGGUGCAAUAUCAGUUUCAGAAAAAUCUAAAUAUAACAUGAUAGACAAUCUUAAGUGCAAAGCAAUAGACUUAAAUAGUUUAUGAAACUAAAUAAUGCAAGAAGAAAAAUUUUAUAUUUUUCAAAAACAAUAAUAUAUGUUCAAAGUAGUUCUUUGGACAGUAAUAUGUAUAUAUUUAAUGUAACAUUCUGUGAAUGUAAAAUACUGUUUAUUCAUUUUGUAUCUUUUAUCAAUUAUUUCUUGUAUAAUAUACAAAUAAAAUAUUUUUUAUGAUUUUAA